AUGAAUUACGAAGUUGUUAGUUAUAGAAAACAAAGACCUCCAGACGUUCGGAGAUUGACACUGCUGAUGUUAGUAAUCCUAUUACCUUUCUCAGUACAAGCAUGAGAAUGGGAUGAAGUUGAUCAAGGUGGCACUUGUACCAAGUGAUACCGUGUUUGGCCGGGUUGUUGGACUUGUGAUAGUACUGGCUGUCUAUCUUGCCAAGAAGCGAUGUUCAUAGCCCAAGGAGAAUCUAAAGUUUGAGUGACAGACUGUAGCUUCGUAACAAUGACAACCUACACAGAAAAAUCGAAGUUCUUUGCUGAUAGUUACAGAAGGAAAUGUUAUAGAUGAGGUGAAAAUUGAUCCAACUGAGUAGACGAUGUCGGUUGAGUUAGCUGUGAAACUGGGUCAUCAGUAUUCACUAGUGUGAUCAAGACUAUUGAUAAUGGAUGGCAACAAUGCCAAGAUUGUUCUACUGUUUAUCCUAAUUGCUCUACAUGUACUGAUACUGAGUGCACUUCUUGAGUUGGCAAAGAGUUAUCAGCAGGGUCAUGAGGAGAUGAUUGAGCAAUGAGUAAUUGUAACGACUGUAAUGCUGAUAAAAAUACAUGAAACAGAUGAAAUGAGGGAUUCGUCCUUGAUUCAAAUACUUGUGUUGAAGAAACUUGCUUAGUGAGUAAUUGAAUGGAUUGAGCUUCUCCUUCUGCUACUGAUUGCAUUGCUUGAAAACCUGGGUUUGUAUUAUCUUCAUCAACUGUGUGAGAUGCUUGACCUACAAACUGAUUAGAUUGCUCUGGUGGAGUUGGGACAUGUGAUUUGUGAGAUUCUGGGUUUAUUAUAUCACAAGAUGGAUCGAGUUGAGUUAGUGAAUGAGAAUCUGACCAAUUUGUUGAAGUUUCAAAUCCCUCAACUAAGAUAGGUAACGUAGUUGAGAAAAAGACAUGAACUACUUGUCAUUCUUCUUGAGAAAAUUGAGUCGAGUCAGGGGAAUCUGGAUGAACUAAAUGAGUUAUUAAUAAAUAUUUAGAUGGGCUUUAUAAAGGAACUUGCAAAGAUAAAGGUCCUUUACCUGACAAUGAAGAAAUUAUAUUUUAUGUGGGCAAUCUGCCAACUAAUUACGCAGUACCUUUUAGCGAUCGUACUGGGGAAACUGCAUUUCCUGAUACUAACUUGAUGACUUCUAUUUCUCGAGUGAAAGAAUAUUUGGCUCCUUACACAACUUUCAAUAAUGGUUCUCAAAUACAUGUGCAAAUAAGAGUAUUUCAAGGUGAUCAUUAUAUGCUUUAUGAAGAGUUUGCAUAUGUUCCAAAUAAAAAAGAUUUCUACACUGCAGACUAUCAUUUAGAAAUUCUCCCAUAUUAUUGAUUAAUAUUAUCAGGUUUACAAUUUGAUUCUCUUGAAUGUAUUAUGCCAUAUGAAUUCCAAUAUGUUAAAAUAUAUAACAAGGUUGGAAUAACAUUCGGAAAUAUUGUCGUACCCCAAAAACUUACUAUUUCAUACAUCUAUUUCGAAAUGAUUGAUAGCUUGAUUCCACCAGACAAUGAUCCUGAUAACUGCUUAACACGAAGGAAAAGAUGCUGUGAAUGGGAUUCUGCUGCUCACCAGAUUGGUAAGUUCAAUUCAACACAAAAUGAAGAAUGCGUUGUGAGAUAUCACCUUACUGAAUGGUGCCAUAGAGAACAAAAGAAUUCAAUGUUCACCUUCCAUCCUUAUCAUACAGAUUAUGGGAUGACCUCUACUCCACCUGAACUAGUUAUUGACAAUUGUUUUUUUAAUGAUAUGUUUUAUGAGUUCAAUGCUCUUAUAUUUUUAAACACUGAAGCACAUGUUACAAUCACAAACACUCAGAUAAACAGAUUAUCUAAUUGUGGUUCGAUCAUCAAAAAGAAGCCUUUAUCUCAGAUGAAUAAUGUAAAGACCAUUGAUGCUGUUUUUACUCAAUUUGUGAAUAACAUUAACCAGCUCCCACCAGAAACAGUAGCUACAGAUCAUUCGUGAACAGGAGCCACUCCAUGCUUCAAGCUUAAAUUUGUAGGGAAUUCUUUAUCAGAACACAACUAUUAUAAAUUUGUCGCCGCAGAAUUUAUCACUAAUCUUGAAGGAAAAACAAAUGGAGGUAACGGCAUGGAACACAUAGGAGAUAUAUUCCAUUUCGAUGAGUUUGAUGGGCCGAUUUAUAUUAUGAAUAAUACAUUUUCAGAUAUACGAAACAGAAUUACUUCAACUGGUCAAUACUGAAGCAUUUUUAAUUACUCUCAAGAAUACAACGACAUCUAUGGAGAUAGUGAUACUUUUAGGGUUAUCUAUUUCUUUUUCCUGGAUAAUAUUGAAAGAGACAUCGUUGUAGCAAACAAUAAUUUUGAAUCUAUCGUGACUGCUGGAGCGCUCGCUUACAUCAAUAAAGGCAACAAAUACGAAGACUCAGUUAUAAUUUUUGAUAGCAACACAGUUAACAAAUUUGGAUCGAUGUAUUUUUCAAAUGGAUUUUUAAUACAUAAGAAAGUUUCUGCCUCAUUUGAAGGCUCAGAUCCUGCUACGUGGACGUCGCUUCCUUGUAAAGGAAUAAUAUUUACAAACAAUAUCUUUACUGAACUUGUUUCAAGCCCUUCUGCAAACUCAUUGAUCAAAAUUAUGUGUUUGACAAGUACAGGAGAUAUUUUCAAGCCUUCUUUAACAAAUGAACAGAUUGCAGACAUGUCUCUACCUACUCAGAGCACUUUCACUUAUACAUAUGACACCUACACUCUUGACAUAGAUUACAACUAUACCUUUAUUUUCUCUGGAAACAAAGCUACAAUGAACAUGGGAGUUGGUAUGAAUUCAACUUAUGAGCUGGACGGGUUGCUAAAAGUACUGAUCAGAGAUAACAUAUUUGCCAAUAACUCAAUGUUUUCAGGAACGUACGCUGAAAACUCUUUUCUGUGGGAAGAGAGUGUAGGUUUUGCGGAGUGGGGAGUAUCGGAAUGAGAUGGAAACAGCCUUGCUCCUAAUAGUUAUGGGUUUAUAAAGGUAAAUUAUGGCCACCAUGUGCAUGUGGUUAAUAAUAGUGUGCAUAAUCAUGGUUUUAUUAACGGUUUUGAUAAUGAAGUGGCAGAAUUUGGAGCGUUUAUGUAUUUCAUAAAUACAUACGGAAAUGUAAUGAUAGAUAACCUCUCUGUGUCCAAUAUUACUGGUCUUUUUGGAGAUUAUAAUAUUAAUGUAUUAAAACUUGCCGACAGUUUAAUCUUCUGGAUGCAGACUUCAAAUUCAACACAAUAUUAUGCUUCAGUUCCUGUAUUUUAUGUAGGAGGAGCUAACAUUAUUAAAACCUUCUCUUUAAACGAUAUUACUUUUGAAGACUCGAUCUUUUAUUAUGCUCAAAAUAAUUAUGCCGGAAUGUUUAUCCAUGUACCAUAUGAUCUUACUACUAACACAGUUGGUGUUCAGAAUCUUACUGUUACUAAAUUUUCUUCACGAAAUGUUUACAACUACGACUCUGGGUCCUUAAUUCACAAGUAUGGAGAUUUAUAUAUUGAUGAUGCCAACUUUACAGAGUAUGGAAUUACAAAACCAACUGAAAAUGGAACAGCCACAAAAGUUCCCGCAAUUGUAUCUAUUUUAAGACCAGACCAUUCUGUGACUUUAAAUAAUGUUGGAUUUUUCAGUAGUACUGGAGGAGUGGAAGGAAGUGCUCUUCUUGUAAAAACAGAUAAUGAAAUCUCUGUGACUGCUACUUCAGGGCCUCAUUUCACUCUUGAAAGCAUGAAUAUAACAAUGUCUAAAGGACUCUCUUCUCUUGUUAAGUUUGAUAUUCCAAAUAUAAUUGCAAAAGUGAUUGCUCUGAGUGCAAGAAACAAUAUUGGAAUUGGGGUCAGUGUAAUAAGCAUUAUUAAUGGGGGAACAUUGGAUCUGUUAGAUUUAGAUAUGUUAGACAAUGAAGGGCCAUCAGCAUCAGACAUUACAAUCAGCUCAUGUGCAACUUGUUCUAUCAGAAUUAUCAAUUCAACUUUCUCAAGAAGUCCUCUUGAUACUAGUGGAUCUCCUACUUUUGACAAGUCAAGAUCAAUUGAUGCAUCUAUGGGAGGAAAUUUUCAGGUAUUAAAUUCAACGUUCUCAAAUUAUCAUCUGAUUGAAGAAGGAAGUGUAAUGAAAUUUAAUAGUAUGACUGCUAAUUUUGAAAGUUGCAACUUUACUAAUAAUGUGGCUAAAAGAGGAGGAGUUUUUAGUAUUUCUUCAGAUGCUCACCUUAUUUUGAAAACCUCUAGAUUUAUAAAUAACAUAGCUUUUGAAAGAGCUGGAUCUAUUUUUGGAAGAGAUGAAAUUUCUGUUAAUACUGAAAACUCAAUAUUCUCGGGAAAUCAGGCUCCAACAGAUGCUGUAUUUUAUUUAGAGCUUAAUGUGGUGUACAAUGAUAUAAAUUCAGUUUUUGAGCAAAAUAUUGCAACCCAAGCAAAUUCUAUUGGGUCCAUAAUUCAAGGAUCAGCCCCAGGAACUUUGGAAGGAAGUUCUUUCUUAAACAAUACAGUGACUGGCUCUGAAGGAAUUUUAUUAUAUCUUCUAUUUAACGAAAUAACAUUUAAAGAUGGAUUCCUUCGAGACAAUGUGUUUAACGACGGAAACAAAAAUAUUUAUGGGAUCUCAUCUACAAUUACUUUUGAAAAUUUUACCUUCUCAAAUAAUGCUUUGCCAGCUAUUGAUAAUGAAGAUUCAGAAGGAGGAUUCAUUUAUUUGUUCCUCUGAGUUGGUAUAAUUAGAGGCAGCACAUUUACAAAAGGCAUAGCUAGGGAUGGAGGAGCUAUUUAUUCUUUCAGUUCAAGCUUAACAAGUGAAGAUAAUACUUUCAUUGACUGUAGAGCAAAAACAGGAGGUGGAGCUAUUUUUAGCUAUUCGAUUACAUCUUACAGCUCAACAAAUGAUAUUUACAUUAAUAACAAAGCAGGAAGUGGAGAUGCUAUUGGAAUGAUCUUAGUUAACGAUCUUUUUGAAAUAAAUAAUAGUUCUUUCCAGAGUGACAGCCCAUCACAAUUUAUCGACUCAUCUGAGAGUACUGUUUUAAUUAAAAAUUCUACUUUUGAGCAAACAAGUAAUUAUAUGACUACAAACACCUCGCUCAUUAGAAAUGGAGCUGGUAUUUGGGUAGACUCAACUACAAAAAUUACUGCACAAAAUAAUACUUUUAGAAACUUAAGAGCAUCAAGUGGAAGUUUCACCAUUGAAGAUCAUGUAAACGGACAAGAUGUUGAUGACAUCUUCGGAGACUCUAAAGCUCCAGGAGAGAUUCUUGUAGGACUUCAGAAUAAUACAUUUGAUGGAUGUGAAAGCUUUGGAACCGGCGGGGGAGCAGGAGUUUACUACGAGUGCACUCUCAAUGGUUGAGAACUUAAUUUCAAUGGAGAUUUGUUUGAGAAUAUGAAAUCUCACACAAUUGGAGGAGGUAUUUCCUGGACUUAUUAUGAACCAACAGGAAUCCAAACAGCCCAAUUUUCUAAUAAUACAGCUACAGAAUAUGGAGACGAUAUUGCUGGAGUUCCGACAUAUUUAAAAGCUGUUUCUGCUGAAUAUUAUAAUUCAUAUAUUUCGAGAAAUAGGAGAGACUUGAGUGUAUCAGUUGGAGAUCCUUACCCAAACUCGACCAUAAAUGAUUGUCAACCAGGGGGUCUCUUGCCAACUGUCUAUCUGGGAAUUUUUGAUGGGUAUGACAACCUUGUAAAACACUUAAAUGAAGGAGAAUUACAAGCAUCAGUUACUGGAAUAACAGGGAACGAAACUUAUACACCAUUCCUUACAUUUACUACCACCAUUAGUGUAAAGAACGGUCUUUUUAAUAUAAACAAUUUAAUUGCAACAGCAGAGCCUGGAGAGUCAACUACUAUAAUGUUCACAACAGAAUUAAUAGAUUCCACUAGUCCCUCUAAUGUUGAUUAUUAUGAAUCAAAGAAUCUUAGCGAUGGAUCGAUUUCAAUGAAGGCAAAUUUCAGAGAAUGAGAGAGUGGAGAAGCAUUCCUAGACGAUGGAGGGUGAGAGCAAUGAGAAGCUGAUGUUGGUUAUCUUCUUGUUCCUCCUAAAAGCGAAACAACAUGUAUACCAUGUCCUUCUUCUUAUGCCCAAUGUCUCGGAGGUAAUAAAAUUGUACCAAAAGCUGGAUUUUGGAGAGCUAGCAACAUGACUGAUUCUAUUAUUCAAUGCCCAAACACGGGAGCUUGACUUGGAUAUUCAGAGGAAACUCCAGAUUUACUUGGUGAAUGACAAAAAGGUUACAUGGGAAUUACUUGAUCUUUAUGUUCUCCCGAUUAUAGUAGCAUUGCAGAUUUUGAAUGAGGAAAAUGCCCUGAUCCUAUUCUUAAUGCGAUAAGAAUUGGAGGAUUCUUAUUCUUUAUGGUCGUUGUCAUUAUUAUUUUAAUAAAGUUUACAAUUCAAGGAUCUGGAAGAAAAAGAAACAUUGCUACAGUUUACAACAGAAUUAUUCUUAAUCAUGUACAAAUGCUAGUAAUUAUUUAUGGUCUUGAUCUUGAUUGGCCUGAUAAUUUUAUGUUAAUUUAUCAGAAUGCAGAGCCAGUUGCUGAAGCUCCACAACAAUUUAUAUCUUUCGAUUGCUUUAUUGAUAAAAGGACUGAUUCUUCUUUGGAUGCUAACACAAUUCCUCUCUUCUUUAUUAGAGUAAUAAUAGCUUGUAUCCUACCCGUACUUGUUAUUCUACUAAAUUUGAUCUUCUGGUAUUCUAUUUAUAUAUACUACAAAUCCAAAGUUAAAGCUGAUAAUGAUCAAGAAAGGGAAGAAAAACAACAACUCUUAUGAAAACAGAGGAAAAGAAGGAUUCUAGCCUCAAUUCUUGUAGUUAUGAUAUUCCUUCACCCUUCAAUUACUGAGUUAGUUUUUGAAUUGUUUAAUUGAUCUGAUAUUAACAACGAAAAUAGGCUUAAAAAGGAACCAGAAGAAAUAUGUUACGAGGGAAGCCAUCUCACAUAUGUCCUUAUUCUUGGAAUCCCUUCAUGUAUUGUCUGGGUAUUUGGAACUCUAGCUUACUCUUUUGUUAAGGUAAAAUUAAGUCAAAGAAAACUCCACAAAAUCGAAACUAAAGAGGAAAUAGGAUAUUUAUACAAUGGAUAUUUGAAGCAUGCAUGAAUUUGGGAAACAGUCAUCAUUUUAAAGAAAACGCUGUUGAUUGGAAUAGGAGCCUUCUUUGGAUUUUGAGGGAAGAAGGUUCAAGGUCAGUUCGCAUUUGGCCUACUUAUGGCUUCUGCUCUACUUCACAUCUGGGUUAAACCCUAUGCUACAAUGAAGCUUAAUGUACUAGAAUUUCUGUCCAUUAUGGCAUUAACUCUUAGCGCAUUAGCAGGAGUUUUCUUUGUCACAGAUGAUAGUAAUAAUAUUGAUGCUUUUGAUACGAGAAACGGAUAUACAUUAAAUAGCGGUGAAAAACUUAUUUUGUUUCUUCUAUUUUUAUUUUCCAACAUAUUUUUCUUUAUUUGUUGGGGAGUAUUAUACAUCUCGGAGUUCAGGAGAAUCUUAAGAGUCAGAAUACCUAAAGCAUAUUAUGCCAUAUUUCUUUGCAACAAUGAAUUAGCAAUUGAAAGAGAGGCAACUAAUAGAAAGAAAUUCAUUAGAAUAGAUAAUACAACCGAAUUAUAUAUUGACGCUUAUGACACUUGUCUGAAGACUGCUGAAAGAUUAAAGAGAAGAGUUAAAUACAAGAAUCUAUUACCAAUACUCGGAAUAGCAAAACUUGGAAAGAAUUAUAUGAGAAUGAGAGAUGUCAACAAACUUAGAGUCAUUCAUCAAGAUCAAGACCAAUAUGAGGAAGAUAAAGAAAUUAGCCAAAAUAAAAGAGCAGAUAUAUACAUAACCGAGAAUGAAGCAGAUCUUCCAGCAUUAGACUUUAAUCCUUCAGGAACAACUUCAAGUUUGAAUAAAAGCAAGAAAUCUAAUUCAAGUAAAGGAUUACUCAAAUCAAAGACUAAUAAGGUAGCUCCAAUUGCCUUAGAAGAAGAAAAAGAAGAUAUACUGAAUAAAACUCAAAAUGAACUUCUGAAUGAGAAUAAAACUCUGAGUGAUAUUGAUGUUGAUAGAAGCAUAAAUGAGAUGAACAAAGACCCUUCACUAAAACUUACUGAUAAGAUUAUUAAAGAUAUAAUUGAAGAGAGAAAAGAACAAAAUGAUAUAAAUCCAACAUUUGACCAGUACCAAAAUGGAAUCGAUAUGCAGCCUAUUGAGGAAGAGCAGGAUCUUAAGGAGUUACAAGAUAUUGAUGGAACGAUAGAAGAUCAAGAUUUAAGUGAAAGUGACAGAGACAGAGAAGAUGAGAAAGUGUCUCAUCAUGAUGAAAAAUAG